AUGAGAUUUCCUGUGUAUUCACUACAGAAGCUUGGAGACCUGGCUGCCGCGUGGGAGGUGGCACUGAGUGACGGCGUCUACACGAUUGAGUUUGCUCAUGGCACCACCACUGGGAAACGUGUGGUGUGUGUUAACGGACGGGAAGUCAUCAGAAAAGACUGGAUGUUCAAGCUGGUCGGAAAGGAGACCUUCACAGUUGGAGGUGCAAACACUAAAGCUACCAUAAACAUUGAGGCCGUCAGUGGCUUCGCCUAUGAAUACACACUGGAGAUCGACGGGAAGAGUCUGCAGACGUUCAUCGACAACAGGACCAAGACCACCAGGACCUGGCUGCUCAAGGUGGAGGGGGAGGACUGCAGGGUGGUACUGGAAAAGGACACCAUGGAGGUUUGGUGCAACGGGCAGAAAAUGGACACAAGAGGAGAGUUUGUAGAUGAUGGCACAGAGACACGCUUCAUGAUGGGGGAGCACGAGUGCUGCAUCAAGGCUGCGAGCAGUGGGACGAAAAAGAGUGGCAUUGUGCACUAUUUACUGCUGGAUGGAGAGAAAAUACCAGCUUCUACACAAUAG